AUGGAGAAUAAUGGAUUCAUACACGAUGGCGACAGUAUCACAACAGCAAACGGAAAACCUGAGGCUGACAGUGCAUCUUACAAGAGAGCGAACAGUCAGAAGUUCACAGACGGAAGAAAACAGUCACAAGAAUUUGAUGAUGUUGGCAAGAACACAAGGAUUGAGUUGGCAGAUGAAGACGAUCCGUGGCAAGUCACAAGGAUUAAUGUUAGUUAUACUCCCUGGAAUGAAUUAUCGAGAAGAGACAAACAGCUCCGAGUUGUGGCAUAUACCUUGAAAAUUAUACUGGUUCUUGGAUGUCUGUACAUUUUCAUCUGCUCGCUGGAUUUUUUAAGUUCCGCCUUUAGACUACUUGGUGGUGAAACAGCAGGCAAGGUGUUUCAGAGAAGCGACAUACUGAAGAACCCUGUAGCAGGUGUCAUGAUCGGAGUCCUGGUCACCGUACUGGUACAGAGUUCCUCCACGUCCACGAGUGUGGUGGUCAGCAUGGUCGGAGCUGGCAUUCUGAACAUCAAGACAGCCAUUCCUAUAGUAAUGGGCGCAAACAUUGGCACGUCAGUGACCAACACGAUUGUGGCUAUGGGACAGAUCGGCAACAGAGACGAGUUCAGAAGAGCCUUCGCUGGAGGCACAGUCCAUGAUAUGUUCAACUGGUUAACGGUGCUGGUACUGCUGCCUGUAGAAGUGAUUACUGGCUACCUCUAUCACCUCACCGAGGCAAUUGUGAACUCGUUGCCUUUACAACAGGACAAGACUGCAAACAAAGAGAUGCUUAACGUCAUCACAAAACCAUUCACUGAGAGAAUUAUUCAGAUUAGCAAAGACGCCAUCGCUAAGAUUGCUCAUGGCAUGGGAAAUCAGUUCGACAAUGAUCAGACCAUCCUGAAACUCUGCUGUGACGAAGUAUCACCAAGCCAAUGUUGCAGAACCCGCCGCAACAAUUUAGAUUUCAUCCAAAGUGGUCAGAACUACACAUUACUGCAAAAACAAGCUGUGUGCAAAGAGGUAGCUCAGUGCUUGGGUAAGAAAAAGCCUCAGCCAUCACCAUAUUGCGAGAGCAUCCCCUGGAUCUAUGGUGAGCAGCAGACCAGGAUUACCACGGAAGUUAUAGAUUGCGCCAUUUUCAAGGGAACCAACAACGAAACCAAAUGUUGCCAGUCCAAAUUAGAUGGCUUAUCUUCAGAGGCAAGCCACAUUGAGAAAUGCCAGAUGUUAAGUAGCUGUUUUCAGUCCGAUGAUCACAUCUUCACCAAAGUAGACUGCAAGGCGUCCUGGUUCAACGUCACAGAAGAGAGAAAAGUCUGGGGACAACGAUUUUCUUGCACAAGAUGGACUAGAGAUGUGGAAAAUUACACAUGUCACACAGAAUGCAAUUAUCUACUAAAGGGACUAUACCCUACGCUGAACGAAAAGGCAAUUGGCGGUAUACUUCUGGUUAUCUCCCUCACAAUACUCUGCAUCUGUUUGGUUUGCAUAGUGAAGCUGCUUCAUUCCUUGCUGCAAGGUCCUGUAGCCUUGAUCAUUAAAAAAUUCAUCAACGCUGACUUACCGGGAUGCUGUGGCUACUUCACCGGCUAUGUAACUAUUCUCAUCGGAGCAGGACUGACCAUCAUCGUCCAGAGUUCGUCCGUCUUUACCUCAACUCUGACACCACUGGUUGGAAUUGGCGUGAUUCAGCUUGAUCGAAUGUAUCCACUGACUCUUGGCUCCAACAUUGGAACCACGACAACGGCUAUUUUGUCUGCAAUGGCCACAUCAUCAGAUAGUAUCAGAAACGCGUUGCAAAUAGCUUUCUGUCAUCUCUUUUUUAACAUCUCUGGUAUCAUUCUCUUCUAUCCCAUACCCGCUCUACGAUUUCCUUUGCCGCUGGCUAGAUUUCUUGGCAACAGCACGGCAAACUACAGAUGGUUUGCCAUCGUCUAUAUCCUGGCGAUGUUCUUUAUUUUUCCGGCUCUAGUAUUCGCACUUUCUAUCCCAGGCUGGUAUGUUCUUCUUGCGGUUUUAGGCCCAUUUGCUCUGCUUAUUUUUGUUGUGUGUGUUAUUAAACUAAUUCAAAUAAAAAGACCAAACUUGUUGCCAGAAAAGCUUCACAACUGGGCAUUCCUGCCGCUUGCCUUCAGAUCACUGGAACCAUAUGAUAAAAUUAUGCAGAAAGUUUUCUUUUGUAAGAAGUUUCAGAAUCCAAAGGAAGGUGAGAAAGGUCCCAUGGAUAGCAAUUCCAGUGAAAAGAGAUACGGGAGUCAGGCAAUAAAUAAACAGACAACCAUUACACGGCUGUAA